AUGGACCUGCCUCGCUUCGUCCUGAACCACGGGACAUAUGAUGAGAACAAACCCGUUCUUAUCGAUGCCGCCGCCCCUGAGAGGGCCAUCACCAAGGCACAGGCCAAGGUGAUGGUGGAACAGACGGCGCGAGGUCUGCAAGCAUUGGGCCUCAAGCACGGAGACACGGUCUGUGUCGUUCAUCUAAACGAUAUCAUGUACCCGGUGGUUUUUCUGGCCAUAAUCAUGGCAGGAGGUGUGUUCUCGGGGGCCAAUCCCUCGUACAAGGCAGGUGAGCUCCGGCACCACUUCGAGGUCUCGGAGACUAAGUUUGUCUUUUCCACUCCCGCCUGCUUCGCUGCGGUCUCCGAGGCCUCUGAAGGUCUUUUCGAUGGUGGAAACAUCAUCGUUUGGGGUGAUGAAGAGGCCGAUUCGUCGGUCGGUGCCCGGUACUCGCUCGCCGAUCUCAUAGCAGGAGUUGCUGGUGCACCGGUCAUCGACCCGGUCUCUUUCGACGAUGAGACCCGAGCUAGAGACACGGUCGCUGUGCUCAUGUCGACAAGCGGCACCACCGGUUUGCCAAAGAUGGCUGCCAGAUCACAUCUGAGUCUGGUCACCGAGAACCUGGCCUUGCAAGACGGUGUGACGAAGAACUACGAGGUUGCCCGUUUGCUGUUUACCCCGUUCUUUCACGGCUUUACCGCCCCUCUCGCGUUGGUCGAUGCUCUCGUUCAUGGCAGAACGACCUAUGUCAUGCCUCGUUCCAAUGUCAAGAGUUGUCUUGAGUACGUCGAGCGCUACAACAUUACAGAGAUUGCUGCGCCUCCUCCCGUUCUUCUGGCUUUCCGACAGGUACCCGAGGCCGAACGCACUGCCCUUCGCUCGAUUCGUCUCAUCUGGAGUGGUGGUGCUCCCAUGGCGGCUAAAAUGCAGAAUGAAGCUGUGAGGAUGUUCUACCGAUAUGCGCGCAUCGUUCAGGUCUACGGCAUGACUGAGGCUGGUUGGAUCACGACAUUCCGGUUCCCUGAGAUGGACGAGACGGGUUCAGUAGGCCGCCUUCUUCCUUCCUAUGAAGCAAUGAUCACCGACGCCGAUGGUAAAGACAUCACAGCAACCCAAGAACCAGGCAUGCUCUUCGUCAGAGGCCCCAUCAACAUGCUGCACUACCAUAACAACACCCUCGAAACCUUCAACACGCUUCGCAACGGCUGGUUACGCACAGGCGAUGUAGCCUACUUCUCUCAAGAUCACAAACUCUACAUCACCAAUCGCGAAAAAGACAUCAUCAAAUACCGCGGCUGGCAAAUCUCUCCCACAGAAAUUGAAGCUUGUUUGUUGUCUCACGAGCUGGUGGCUGAUGUUGGUGUCUUUGGUUUCUACGCUUCUGAUGUCGACCAAGAGAUGCCCAUUGCACAUGUCGUGCUCAAGGCUGGUGUGCCGCUUUAUCAUGAGCAGUUCACCAUCAUGAGGGAAUUGACAGAGUAUUGCAAGGACAAAUUGGCAAGUUACAAGACUGCAGCUUUGAACUUCCGCUUCAAGGAAUCUAUUCCCAAAAACCCUGCUGGAAAGAUUCUGAGGAAUGAGAUGAAGCUUGAGGAGUUGGUGUGGUAUACAGUCAGACAGUGGACACUCAAGUGCAGAGACUGCGAUGCCAGUCCACCGGAGAAACAAGAAAUCGUUUGGGAAGAAGACGAGAAAGGUGUGUGGGAAGACGAAGAUGUUGACGAAGGUGGAUAUGUCAACGAAGAAACUGAGAAAGACAAAGCCGAGAACGAAAUUAUUGCAAGGGGUCUCGAGAUUCUGGGCCUAUGA